AUGGGUAGAAAAAAGAUACAAAUUACAAGAAUUCAAGAUGAAAGAAAUCGCCAGGUUACAUUUACGAAACGUAAAUUCGGAUUAAUGAAAAAAGCCUAUGAACUUUCUGUUCUUUGUGAUUGUGAAAUAGCAUUAAUAAUUUUUAAUUCAAGUAAUAAAUUAUUUCAAUACGCAUCAACAGACAUGGAUAAAGUUCUUUUAAAAUAUACAGAGUACAAUGAACCACAUGAAUCUCGGACAAAUAAUGAUAUUAUGGAUGCACUACAUAGAAAGGAAGGAAAAGGUGGAAUGGGGAUUGAUUCUGAUGAUGAAUCUCCAGGACCUUCUACUCCUAUUAAUUAUUCAUCAAAUAAUAAUUCAAAUAAUGAUUCUAGAGCACACUCAACAUCAAAUGUUUCCCCUCAAGGAAAUUUGACACAAUCUCAACAACAAACCAUUAAUACAAUUGGUUCGCAGCAGUCUCAACUUUCACAAAUAAAUGGAGUACAAAAUACAAAUAAUACAAAUAGAUUACAAAGUAUGUUAGGAUUUAAUGAAGUUAAUAAUCUUCAACAUUUUUUAACACCAAACAAUUUUUUAAAUCAAACAUUUAUGGGAACACAUAAUUAUGAAGGUGAAAAAAGUAUUUUUUCUUUAGCAAAUCAAAUGCCGUCAACUAGUGGUAUUACUGGUUUUCAAACGGCAACAAUUCCUUUUAUGAAUUCUACUAAUGAUUUACAACAAUCACAAACAUCAUCUAUUCACCCACAACAACAAUCUCAACAUAUAAAUACAAAUUUAAAUAAUUCAUCACACAUAAUCCCUUCAUCGUCACCUAUUCCAGUACCAAGACCUCCAUCUCAACAACCAAUAGUGAAUAAUCAAAUGCAAUCAAGUUUGAUGUCAUUAAAUCACCAAAUAAAUGCAUCUUCUCUUAAUACUAGUGGUCGACCUCCAUCAGCAUCUUCAUCUACUAAUUGUCAUUCCAAUCAACAACAACAACAUCAUCCUCAUCUAAACAAUAAUACUAACGGAAAUAUGAUACAUCCUCUUAAUAAUACAAAUCAAUCUACAACAUCAUCUACCAUAAAUUUAGGAUUAAAUCAAGCACAAAUAUCUUCUCAACAACAUUUAUUUCAAAAUCUUCAACCCAUAAAUAAGAAUAAUGCUAAUGUUAUGAUGGCUGCAGCAUUAGCAUGGAGUGACAAUAGAGAAAGAAAUAAUGAUGGUAAAUUAUUAUUUAAUAAACAACAACAUAACAAUGAUUCUGAAUCACCACCAGAAAAACAGAGACGCCUCUCUGGUUGGGGUGAUCAAAGUCAAAAUUUAAUGAAUGGUAUUAAUAUAAAGGAGGAACUUAUACAAGAAAAUGGUUACUAA